UGAUAUUUUUCUCAGAUUUUAAUCAUUUAUACCUGACUUUAUUUUACCUUUGUGAAUUGUCAGUGACGCUUGAGAUAUUAAAGAUAUAACUUCUAGAGUGUUAGAGUUUAGAUGUUUUAUUUGGGUAAUUGCCAGAAUUACAUCUAUGAGGAUGUUAAACGUUUGUUUGAUUGACAACAAUUCCUGUUACUUUUCAAUUUAUUGAAUGUACGGAAAGUUUUGAAAGAAGCAAUUUAUUGUUCCGUCAAUACUAAGCGAUAAUAUUCGGAUGGAGUUUGUAAAAGGGACGAUGCUGCUUUAAAGCUGCACUGACAGAAAGCUGAAUUGCAGUUUUGUCCACAUAUCACCUGCCCUUGCGAGUUAACAAUGACAAAUUGUGUCUGGAGUAACAAAAAUGAGUGAAGUGCCUCCUCGAGGGAUAUUCUUCUUAAGUUCCUGGUAAUUCUAUGACUUAUGUUAGCAAUCAGGGAUAAUUUCCAAAAGUCUAUAUUGCAUAUGUAAAGUCGUGGGCGAAUUUAUCAGCGUUUUUUUCUUUUCAUAUGGAAAUAGUGUACUGGAUUUAAGUGUUUAAUCGACACGUUCGUGUUAACGUAAUUGUAUCAAAAUAAUUUUAUGGAAAAUUAAGCAACACCAAUAGAUAAUUACACAUAGCAACAAAGAAGUGAAUAUUGAUAAUGAUUACUGUGAGAAGAUCAGAUAUACAUUUAACACGCCGUGUAAAGAUCAAGCAUGAGGAUUAUCAAGACUUCGAAUGAAACGACAAUAAUACCAGACAGUUUGUCCGUGUACAUUAUCCCUAGACUCAUCAUUUCACUUUAUCUUAUCACCAUCGGAUACAAAACUGUUUCUGGGUCAAAGGUAAAAUCCCCGGCACAACUUCCAUCUUUUAAAGAUACACAGUCAAGUUACACAUUUCCAGAGGGAGCGUUGGCAGUUUUAUACUGUUCCAUACAAAACCUGGGGGCCAGAACAGUUGUGUGGCGUAAAGCAACGUAUCCUAAUCCGCUAACUGUUGGAAAAAUGACGUACGUUCCAGAUGAUCGUUAUCAGGUCCAUCAUAUACCAGACAAAGAAGAGUGGAACCUGCUUAUAAAAGAUAUUCAACACAACGACUCUGGAAUAUAUGAAUGUCAAAUCAGUACAAAGGAAAAAUACAUUCGUAAACUAAUACGGGUUAUCGUAGUGGACAGACCAUAUGCAAAGAGAGACAUCGUGAUAACAGGACGUCAGAAAAUGAAGAAAGGUGAAACAUUACUGCUAUCUUGUAAGGCUACAGGUGGGAAAUCUGCACCAGAUGACCUUGACUGGAUCAAGGGCAAUAGGAAACUUAUAUCAGACAAGUCUGGAAGAAUAAACAUUACAAAACACAUAUCAUAUGUCACAAAUACUAUUAUUAGUAAUUUGACAAUCAAACAAGCAGUAGCAAACGAUGCCGGGACUUAUGAAUGUAGGACGACGGACUCCAUGUCGAGACAGUUUAGCGUCGACGUCACAGGUGAAAGUUCGGAUAAAGAUAAAAGAACGAUAACACAGCACGCACCUGCAACCUCGUGUGCUACGACGUCAACUGUUGUGCUCUACGUAUUUGUUUUCUGUGUACAUUGCUCAUUUAGGUAUAGACGAGUGUUACAACUAUUGACAACAAUUUUCAAAUUCUGGAUUGUGUUAGCACAUUCAAUCAUGACGUGAGAUUGUGUACCAGAGGCUAGGAAACGUAGAACAUACACGUGUACUCGGCAGGUGAAAUUAUGAUAAUUUUCUGUAUUCGUUUGGAUUGACGUAACAGAAGUGGCAAAUGCACGUUUGAUCGUGUUUAUUGCGUAGAUAGUAAAGUGCUCUUGAAUUAAUUGAUCUUUUAUUGCAUAUGAAAUGAACGUGACCUUGAUCGGCAUUUGUUCAUCUAAGGGUACUGAUCUACACUAUUACAUGUAGAAUAACCUCUCAUUUUGAAAGUACUUUUAUCUUUUCGCUAUUACAUUCAUCUGAUUAUUGAUAUCAUUAUAUGUUGAUUGUUGAUUUCUCUUUUUUCAUAGUGUAUUUUAACCAUUUCGUUUAGUAAUUUCAGUAAACUCAUUUUCAUUUCAAUGUAAAAUUUAAAGUCGAUGAGGUCAUGAUUUGAUUUUUUCACAUACACAAUAUUGAACUAGAGGGCUUAAUGUCACUUUGUAAACAAAUAUGUUGUACAUGUAGUACAACAGUCACACAGACCACUAAGUAAAUUAAAUGGCAUUGUUACUUACUGUAUCGUUAUGCUGUAUGCUACAUAUUAUUAGGAAUUUUACAAUAUAACACUGAAAGUGUUUUUGUUUUGUUUUUAUCAAUGUUAUAGUUUUCAACCAUAAAUAUUGAUUUCACGUACCGAUAAACUAUCAGAUUUAUUACAAGAAACAAAUUCAUACUAUUUCAGAAUUAAUCACCGAGUAAAUAAGUUCGUCAAAUGUUUCAUACUUGAUAUAUAUUUAGUUUAUAUAUUGCAAGAAAAAAGUACAUUAUGAUGCGUACAAAAGACGUGUUGUUAACAGGGCGCACAACUUAUUUUUCGCUGUUGGUCUUAUAUGAUCUAAUACAUUAUAUUAUUUCACGGGUUUUUGUUAUUUUGAUAUAUUUACGGAUGUAUGUAUAUGACGCUCGGUUUAAAAAUAUGUAUAAUUUGUGACAAUAAGAGUGUUUUAAAAUCAAGCACCGUUGUUUGGUUGUAUAUACUAUUUUAUAGAAAAAUACAAUAUGAAAUAAAUUAUGUUUAAAUUA